GCAGCCCUAUACCUAAAUGUUUGAUACGAUUUAUUUACAGGAACUAUGGCAAAUGCACAAAUACCAGUGGUGGCAGUCGGUCCUCUGGGGGACGGUCCGGUCCAGGUGUCCUGUCCUCAGUGCCGUCAGACGGUCCUCUCCCAGGUGCAUCACUCCUCCGGGCUGCUCACCUACCUGCUCUGUGGAGGACUCUUCUUCUGUGGCUUUGUUUUAGGUUGCUGUCUCAUCCCGCUCUGUGUGGACCGGCUGAAAGACGCAAAGCACACCUGUCCCACCUGCAAGGCUGUACUUGGCGUGUACAAACGCUUAUAA